AAAGGGCCCCGAAAUGAGCAGAACAACAUUUUUUGAGGUCGAAAUCCUGGACACAGAAACCAAAGAGCAGCUCUGUUUUUUGGAUAAGGUUGAACCCCAUUCAAGCAUAGGCGACAUUAAGAUUUUUUUUCACAAGUCAUAUCCCAAAUGGUAUCCAGCUAGACAAGCCCUGAGGCUGGACCCCAAGGGAAAUGCUCUGAGAGAUGAAGACAUACUACAGAAUCUGCCUGUUGGGACAUCAGCAACCAUGUAUUUCAGAGACCUUGGUCCACAGCUGAGAUGGACGAUGGUUUUUCUGGCGGAGUACAUGGGUCCCCUCUUGGUUUAUCUCCUCUUUUACAUCCGUGUUCCCUACAUCUAUAGCAAAAAAUAUGCCUUCACUUCAAGCCCUCAUCAUGCGGUCAGCUUAGCUUGUGCUUGUCACACCUUUCAUUAUAUCAAGAGACUGUUUGAAACAAUAUUUGUACACCGCUUUUCUCAUGGCACAAUGCCUCUGAGAACUAUUGUAAGGAACUGUGCAUAUUACUGGGGAUUUGCAGCAUGGUUAGCAUACUACAUCAACCAUCCACUCUACACACCACCGUCUUACGGAGAUACACAAGUCAACUAUGCACUAAUUGUCUUUAUGCUAUGCGAAGCUGGUAAUUUCUCCAUCCAUUGGUCACUGAACAGUUUAAGAUGCGAAGGUCCCAUGUGUCAGAAGUUCCCACAUCCAUCUAAAAAUCCUUUUACGUGGCUCUUUUUCUUUGUAUCCUGUCCGAACUACACAUAUGAGGUAGGCGCUUGGGUGGGCCUGUCCAUCAUGACUCAAUGUGUUCCAGUGGCUCUCUUCACGUUUGUGGGCUUCAUGCAGAUGACCAUCUGGGCCAAAGGAAAACACAAAACCUACACCAGAGAGUUUAAGGACUACCCAAAUCUCCGCAUGCCAAUCCUGCCCUUUAUCCUCUGA